AUGCAGAACCACAGCUUCCGAACGCCUUUCCAGCUGCUUCAUCAGUGGCUGCGAGACAACAACAGAGACAUAGGCUACCAGCAAGACCAGCCUGACAUCACGUUUCUCAAGGCAUACGGCUGCAGAGCCUAUCCCUUGACACCCCAGGCCCUUCAGAACAGACAGAAGAAGGACCUAAAGACCGACCCUCACACAGAAAUCGGUUAUCUCGUUGGAUAUGAUUCCACGAACAUUUUCAGGAUCUGGAUUCCGUCCACAUCAGAAGUCCGAAGGGUCCGAGAUGUGACCUUCAAUGAAAGCAUCUUCUAUGACGGAAAUGAUCAGCCACCAGAACCUAUCCCGCCGCGCGUGGAAGUACAGCUUCCAGCCCACAUCGAGGACGAGUCGGAUUACGAGGAAAUCCCCACUCAAAUCGAUGAACCUGAACCUGACCCCGUUGAGCAAUCUCCCUCAACCUCAGACCAAGGAGACGCCACCACGAUUGUGGUACAACCCGAACCAUCUGAUCAUGAGGACUCGGAUGAUCAGGAUGAGUUUCAUGACAUUCAGCACCCAUAUCCGACACCGGACCCCGGUCCGAGGUCAAUUCCACAGCUCUUUCUUUCUCGGCAGAGAAGAAAACUUCACAGACGACACCUUCCUCCCGAACCUACGACGUAUAAGGAACUUCGCACCCACAGAUUUGGUCCUCAGUUCAGAGAAGGAGCCCACGCCGAGUGGAAAGCACUCCAACAGAGAGGAACCUUCAGAGCGGUCCCCAGAGACCAGGUCACGGGCAAGCUUUUGCCACUUACCUGGGUCUUUAAGUAUAAGUUCGACAAGCAUGGCUUUCUUACAAAGUUCAAAGCCCGUCUUUGUGUUCGAGGAGAUCUUCAACAGCUGGGUGACAAGGACACCUAUGCAGCAACCCUUGCAGGACGUUCUUUCCGGAUUCUCAUGGCCAUCACCGCCAAAUUCGACCUUGAGACCCGACAGCUCGACGCAGUUAAUGCCUUCACAAACGCCCUCUUAGAAGACGAGGAGGAGGUCUAUAAGGAACUCACUGCUGCAUUCAGAGAGCUUGGUCUUACACAGUGUCCCGACGAACCCUGCAUCUUCCAGAACGACUGGCUCACUGUUUUCUUCUUCGUUGACGAUAUUGUUUUCCUCUAUCGCAAGGAAAACGAGGACGCAGCUGAUGAGAUGGUUGCAGCCCUCAAGAGGAAACCCAACAGGAAGCUUUGGCUAUGCCAAGACUCCUACAUUGAAAGGAUGGUUCAACGGUUCGACCUUCAACGGCGUGACCACUUCAGAGGAGCCCUUUCCCGUGCAACGAAGUCCAGCCGCACACAGGGCAGGCUUCUCCAGACCAAAUUCAGCUAUACCAGAGCAAAGUUGGAUCACUGA